UGAAGGGACCCGCAGGCCCCCGAAAGCUUGGGUGGAUCAGUGGGCCCCGGCCUCCACCCAGCGGGGCGCGGCGCGGGGCGGGGCCACCUGGAGCUCCGCCCUCCGAGUAGCGGAGGUGCUUGGGCGAGAGAGAGGGGGGCGGGAGACGCUCUGUCCCACGCUCGCCCUGUGCUCGGUGGUUUAAAGAUGGCGGCGGCGGCUGGGGCGCGGAGCCGCCGGAGGGGGAGGGAGAAGGAGAGCCUGUGAGACGCUGGGAGGCAGCGCGGCGGCGGCUGUAAGGAGUCCGCGUGCGGAGCCGCCGGCGACUCGGGCCUGGGGGCGGCCUGGGCUUGGACUGGCGAGGCCGGAGCGGUGCCAGGAGCUCCGAGGCCGGAGCGGAGGAGGAAUGUGAGCAGGGGUCGGCGGGGGCGCGGGAGUACGCGAGCGGCGGGAUGGGGCAGCAGGUGGGCCGCGUCGGGGAGGCUCCCGGGCUCCAGCAGCCGCAGCCGCGCGGGAUCCGGGGCAGCAGCGCAGCCAGGCCCUCGGGCCGCAGGCGGGACCCGGCGGGGCGUACCGCAGACACCGGCUUCAACGUCUUCACCCAGCACGAUCACUUUGCCAGCUGUGUGGAGGAUGGAUUUGAGGGAGAGAAGACUGGAGGCAGUAGUCCAGAAGUUUUGCACCGCCCCUAUGGCUGUGAUGCUGAAUCUCAGGCACUGAAUGAAGCUAUCAGGUGGAGCUCCAAGGAGAACUUGCUGGGAGCCACUGAGAGUGACCCUAAUCUCUUUGUCGCACUUUAUGACUUUGUGGCAAGUGGUGAUAACACGCUCAGUAUCACUAAAGGUGAAAAACUACGAGUCCUUGGUUACAACCAGAAUGGCGAGUGGAGUGAAGUUCGCUCCAAGAAUGGACAGGGUUGGGUGCCAAGCAACUACAUCACUCCAGUGAACAGCCUGGAGAAACAUUCCUGGUACCAUGGACCUGUGUCCCGCAGCGCAGCAGAGUAUCUCCUCAGCAGCCUUAUCAAUGGCAGUUUCCUGGUUCGAGAGAGUGAGAGCAGCCCUGGGCAGCUGUCCAUCUCCCUGAGGUAUGAGGGACGUGUGUAUCACUACAGGAUCAAUACCACCACAGACAGCAAGGUGUACGUGACCGCCGAGAGCCGCUUCAGCACGCUGGCAGAGCUUGUUCACCACCACUCGACGGUCGCCGACGGGCUGGUGACCACACUCCACUACCCAGCACCCAAGUGUAACAAGCCGACCGUCUACGGUGUGUCCCCUAUCCAUGACAAAUGGGAAAUGGAACGGACAGAUAUUACCAUGAAGCACAAACUUGGGGGCGGUCAGUACGGAGAGGUUUAUGUUGGCGUCUGGAAGAAGUACAGCCUUACAGUUGCAGUGAAAACACUGAAGGAAGACACAAUGGAGGUGGAGGAGUUCCUGAAAGAAGCUGCCGUGAUGAAGGAAAUCAAGCAUCCUAACCUAGUGCAACUGUUAGGUGUGUGUACCCUGGAGCCGCCCUUCUACAUUGUGACGGAAUACAUGCCGUAUGGGAAUCUGCUCGACUAUCUCCGGGAGUGCAAUCGCGAGGAGGUGACAGCCGUGGUUCUGCUCUACAUGGCCACUCAGAUCUCUUCCGCCAUGGAGUACCUGGAGAAGAAGAAUUUCAUCCAUAGAGAUCUUGCUGCACGGAACUGCCUAGUGGGAGAAAACCAUGUGGUAAAAGUGGCUGACUUUGGUUUAAGUAGACUGAUGACUGGAGAUACCUACACUGCUCACGCUGGAGCCAAAUUUCCUAUUAAAUGGACAGCGCCUGAGAGUCUGGCCUACAACACCUUUUCAAUUAAAUCUGACGUCUGGGCUUUUGGAGUACUGUUGUGGGAAAUUGCUACGUAUGGGAUGUCGCCAUAUCCGGGUAUUGACCUAUCUCAAGUCUAUGACCUGCUGGAAAAGGGAUAUCGAAUGGAACAGCCUGAGGGAUGCCCCCCUAAAGUAUAUGAACUUAUGAGAGCAUGCUGGAAGUGGAGCCCUGCCGACAGGCCGUCUUUUGCUGAAACCCAUCAAGCUUUUGAAACCAUGUUUCAUGACUCCAGCAUCUCUGAAGAGGUGGCUGAGGAGCUUGGGAGAGCUGCCUCCUCGUCAUCUGUGGUUCCAUACCUGCCUCGGUUACCUCUACUUCCUUCCAAGACUCGGACCCUGAAGAAGCAGGGGGAAAACAAAGAGAAUGUAGAUGGGGGUCUUGAUGUCUCUGAGAGCCUGGCGUCCAGCUCAGCACCAGGGUUCAUUAGAAGUGCACAAGCCUCCAGUGGGUCUCCAGCUCUGCCUCGAAAGCAAAGAGAUAAGUCACCUAGCAGCCUCUUAGAAGAUGCCAAAGAGACAUGCUUCACCAGGGAUAGGAAGGGAGGCUUCUUCAGCUCCUUCAUGAAAAAGAGAAAUGCCCCCGCGCCCCCUAAGCGCAGCAGCUCCUUUCGUGAGAUGGAGAACCAGCCCCACAAGAAAUAUGAACUCACGGGUAACUUCUCACCUGUUGCUUCUCUACAGCAUGCUGAUGGGUUCUCUUUCACUCCCAGCCAGCAAGAGUCGAAUCUGGUGCCAGCCAAGUGCUAUGGGGGGAGCUUUGCCCAGAGGAGCCUCUGUACUGACGACAGUGGUGGGGGUGGGGGCAGCGGCACUGCUGGGGGGGGGUGGUCUGGCAUCACAGGCUUCUUUACACCUCGCUUAAUCAAAAAGACACUGGGCUUACGAGCAGGUAAACCCACAGCCAGUGAUGACACUUCCAAGCCUUUUCCAAGGUCAAACUCUACAUCUUCCAUGUCCUCAGGGCUUCCAGAGCAGGAUAGGAUGGCAAUGACCCUUCCCAGGAACUGCCAGAGGUCCAAACUCCAGCUGGAAAGGACAGUGUCCACCUCUUCUCAGCCAGAAGAGAAUGUGGACAGGGCUAAUGACAUGCUUCCAAAAAAAUCUGAGGAAGGGACUGCUCCAGCCAGGGAGAGACCAAAAGCCAAACUGUUGCCCAGAGGAGCCACAGCUCUUCCCCUGAGAGCCCCUGACCCAGCCAUCACAGAGAGCGACUCUCCAGGGGUAGGGGUGGCUGGGGUGGCAGCUGCCCCCAAAGGCAAGGAAAGGAAUGGCGGGACGCGACUUGGAGUCGCUGGAGUCCCAGAGGAUGGAGAGCAGCCAGGCUGGUCCUCUCCAGCCAAGGCCAUAGCCGUCCUCCCAACUACCCACAACCACAAAGUGCCCGUCCUUAUCUCACCCACUCUGAAACACACUCCAGCUGAUGUGCAGCUCAUUGGCACAGACUCUCAGGGGAAUAAAUUCAAGCUCUUAUCUGAGCAUCAGGUCACAUCCUCUGGAGACAAGGACCGACCCCGACGGGUAAAACCAAAGUGUGCCCCACCCCCACCACCAGUGAUGAGACUACUGCAGCAUCCAUCCACCUGCUCAGACCCCGAGGAAGAGCCGACUGCCCCGCCUGCAGGACAGCCCACUCCAGAAACCCAAGAGGGAGGAAAAAAGGCAGCUCCAGGGCCAGUGCCCAGUAGUGGGAAACCUGGGAGGCCAGUGAUGCCUCCACCUCAAGUGCCUUUGCCCACAUCUUCCAUCUCGCCAGCCAAAAUGGCCAAUGGCACAGCAGGUACUAAGGUGGCCCUGAGAAAAACCAAACAGGCAGCCGAGAAAAUCUCAGCUGACAAAAUCAGCAAAGAGGCCCUGCUGGAGUGUGCCGACCUACUGUCCAGUGCAAUCACGGAACCUGUGCCCAAUAGCCAACUGGUAGACACUGGGCACCAGCUGCUUGACUACUGCUCAGGGUACGUGGACUGCAUCCCUCAGACUCGAAACAAAUUUGCCUUCCGAGAGGCUGUGAGCAAACUGGAACUUAGCCUACAGGAGCUGCAGGUGUCUUCUACAGCUGCUGGUGUGCCUGGGACAAACCCUGUCCUUAAUAACUUAUUGUCGUGUGUACAGGAAAUUAGUGAUGUGGUGCAGAGGUAGCCAUUGUCAGCCUAGUGGGAAAUGCACACAUAUCUGAGGGGAGAGGGAAAGGGACUCGUUUUCCUGUGUUCUUGUUUUUAAAAAGUGAAAGACUAAUACUUGAGUGUGUUUAUGUGAAGUACCUCAGAUCCCUGAAUUCUCACGUUUACAGGUUCAUCUCAAAAUAGCAAAAAAGGAAAUCACAUACGUAGAUAAGUCCAUCUGGUGGAGCGGGGCGGCGUGGACAGAGUUGGAAACUGCCCUGGGAAGUAAGGGAGCAUCAUGUGUAUGUCCUAAAGUGCAGCCCCUCCCUGGCCGGACUAGCCUGUGGUGGUCCAUUGGGCUGUCUCUGUGGUUCUGUAGAUGAAACGGGCCUUGACCUGGCAGGUCCUGGGGUGAUUGUGCUUCAGUUCACCACUCAAAUUCGAGGAGCAGGAAAAAGCAGAGUGAGGAUAUAGCAGAUGUCUUACUCAAGGCUGUUGGAAGUGGCUUUUGGACUUGCUUCCAUGGGUCAUUGCUGCUGUAGCAAGAUCUGCAAAUUCGAUUGCUAGAAUACUAAGCUGGGAAACGUGGCCCUUUCCAUCUGCUUUUGUCCUGUUUACCAUGGGUGCAUUAGUGGGUGCAGGAAGUACAGAAUUCGAGGGACAUUUAGUCAGAUUGACACCUCUAAAUCUCUUAGGGUGAUUAGCAGUCACCCCUCCCACUCUUCUAGUAUGUUACUUCCUAAUGGACCAGUGUCCACUGGCUGCUCGGUGGCUCUCUGUAAACCACGGGCGUAGGGGGGCUUCUUAGUGCUUCUUCUCUGUCCCUUGCUGGGCAGGCUGUCUUCCUUUAUUUCUGACAGCAUUCAGGGCAUUACCCAGCGUCAAUGUUGAAAAUAGUGGUCACUACAGGUUCUCAUAGGGGAGACCCUCUGCCCCUGAAUACUGACAGGAUGGCCACUUGAGCAGCUAUGUAUACUCCGUUUUUCAUUAAAUACCAAGGAGAUGCAGUACCUUUUUGGGACUGGCUGGGCCCAGAGGCCUGAGACUGAGAAGAGAAGCUUGCUUGAUCCACAUGGCUAUUUGCACCUUCCCCUUCCCUUAGUCCCACACUAAUCUGGGUGGACAGUGGUCUGAGAAGGCCUUUCACUAAGGGCUUGCCUCCACAGUAUUCCUCACCUUCUCUUUCUCUGCUCACGGAACACGCCACCCCCUUGUCUAACUUGGUGGAGUCUUCUGGGAAUAUAUAUAUGUGUUGGGUUAUUUAUUUUGGUCUUUCACCUCUAUUUUAUUUUAAGAGUGCAUUAUAGAAGGAGUGGGUUAUUUUCAGGGAGCACCAGUUAGACUAAAAAAACCUAAGGCUUUAACCUGCAAAUAGGUUUUGCCCUUGAAAAAUAGGCAUUUCCCUUCCCUGAUUACAGUUAUGGAAGCUAAUAGGGUAACAUGGAAUAGAAAUUUAAUAGGAUACAAAUUGUUAAUGGUUUUGGUACUGGGUCUAAUUUUAGUUUUUUGUUGUUGUUGUUGUUUUUUCACUUUGUGAACACCCCUUUCAUUCCCCAAAGAGAACCUAAUACAAAACAUCUUGAUUUUUUUUUUCUUCUUCCAAAAGAGUAUUAUUUAGGAAGAUGGGCAUUCAGCACUGAGCCAUGU